GUCCUCAGACUACAGCAAAUGUAGGUGAAUUACAUGACUUGGACAAACGAACUGUAAAUCCUGACGCUUCUGUAUCCAGUACUGUCUCCAGCACACAAACUAUGGUAACCCAGCAGGCUGUUAAAACUGAGUCAUCAAGUACAAAUGGGGCAGUUGUUAAAGAUGAAACUUCACUAACAACAUUCAAUUCAAAAUCUGAAGCUGCUGAAACUGCUUGUGUCAUGCCGUCAACAAAGGUCGGUACUGGACAGACAAAUGAUUCACACUCCUCUAAAAAUCCACAAAGACAGAUGGCACCAGUGAAAAUAAGAGACCGGCAGUGGUAUGAUGUUGGAAUUUUUAAGAACAACAGCGCUGUGGUGAGCCAGUUCUACUUGCUGCCAGAGGAAACACUGAAAAUCUCUAACAAGGCGGAAAGUGCAGAUGUACCAGACUACAGAUUACUUAAGAAACAGGAUCUUUUUCCAGGCACAGUGUACAGGUUCAGAGUUGCUGCAAUUAAUGGCUGUGGUGUUGGGCCUUUCAGUAAAAUCAGUGAAUUCAAGACUUGCAUUCCAGGUUUUCCUGGAGCUCCUUCAACAGUCAAAAUCACCAAGAGCGUGGACUGUAUUCACCUUUCUUGGGAGCCUCCUGCUUCACCUUCUGGAAAUAUUUUAGAAUAUUCUGCCUACUUAGCAAUCCGUUCCACACAGCUACAGGAAAAUCCAAAUCAGCUUGUAUUUAUGAGAAUCUACUGUGGUCUGAAAACAUCAUGUGUAGUGACUGCUGCCCAGCUUUCAAAUGCUCACGUUGAUUACACUUCCCGACCUGCUAUAGUGUUUAGAAUUUCUGCGAAGAACGAGAGAGGAUACGGACCAGCCACGCAAGUUCGAUGGCUUCAAGAUCUGAAAACGUCAAGCUCGAAGUAGGAACAUGAUAAAUCUCAAGUUUUGAAUGUAGUGUUUAGUGUAACUCUUGUACUAUUUGUAAAUGCUACAAAUAUUUUAUUUUUGCAUUGUUUUUAUCUUAAAAAUAUAUAACCUUUUUUACGUUUGAAACGUCAGCGUUACACAGCCUUGCUCAGGUAUGAGUACCAUAUCGAAACAAUAUUGAAGGUGGUGGGGUGGAGGACCACACUCUAUCCAGUAGAUCUUUUUGGUAGUGACAGUUAAAGUGUAAAAAAAUACACAGUUUCAAAUUAGAAGUAAAUAAACAAAAAAUAAUUGACACAUAUUUGAGGUAGAGUCCCCAUGAUUGCUACAGAUCUUGCCUAGGUAAUUCAAAAGAUUUGAUACGCGAAGAAAUUCUGUUUGAUUUCCGUUCUUUGUACAAAUUCUUCAUUGUUGUACCUGAGUCCAAGGCAAAAAUUUCCAGUUAUUAUAUAGUAACUUAAAAUGUAUAAAUAUUUUAAUAUAUACCUUUUUGU